AUGGAGAAUAGGAAGAAAGAAAUUUUCUCAAGAAAUAUGAAUCAACGAAUUGCUAAUUCAUCAAGACCCAAGGAUAUUAAUGACUCGUAUCUUGAUGUGCUAAACUAAAUAGAGGGUCAAGGUUUGAAUAAAACAGUAUUCGGUGAAUUAAGUUUUAAAAGUAAAAGAGGUUCAGUCUUUAAUGAUACUUUUGAUAGAAAUGUAUACAUGAAUAACUCUUAGAGAAGCCAAACAAUGCAUAGAUCCAAUCGAUUAUCUUAGCCAAAGUUUGAUAUGAAUGGAAGUGAUUGCAGUUUUGAGAGUUCAAGAUUAAAAAAAUCUCCUUACAACAAUCACACUCAUUUAUCAGCCCUCAAGAGUCAUUAUCAUCAUAAUCUUUCACAAAACAGGUCUUAAGAUUUAGAAAUUCAUGAAUAGAUAAGAUAAUACAAUCAGUCUCACUAAUAAUAGAUCUCUAAUCAGAUUCAUACCAGAAAUUUCUCUUUAGAUAAUAAAAAUAAAACAGAAUUGAGUUUAUUCAGAAACAAAAAGAAGUAGAGUUAAGAAAUACAUAAUUACCAAUAGAAUUUAAAGCAUAAUAUCUAACUCCAACAGCCAUUAAAUACAUGUAAUAUUGACUCUAAAGCAAUUCCUGACUAUAAUGAGAGAUUAAUAGCUCUUAAGCUAAAGAGGGCAAGUUUGUUAGGCUAGAAUGGUACAAAUAAUGAAAUAUCAUAGCCUAUUUUCAUUACAACAACUAGAAAAGGUCUUGGAUUACAAAUAGAAUGUGCAAAAACUUAGAUGAUCAAUUAUAAAUCAAGCAUGGGUUAGCAUGUGCUAAAGAUAUCUAUGGAUGAUCCACUAAAGUUAAAACAUAGAAUUUGGAUUGAGGAAAGUGGAAAUUUUAUGAAGGAGCUUCAUUAAAAAAGAGGAAAUAAUAAGAAUUCUAAUUCUAAUUCUUUAGGACAUCAAUCUAUAGAAAAUACUGAAGAUGAUAUUUUUAAUUUAGAAAAUUUGGUUUAAAACUAGCAUCAACUUGUAGCCCAUGAAUGGACUCCUAAAUCAUCUAUAUUGAUGGAAUUUCAGGAUCUUUAGCACCAUCAUGCAUAUUAAAAUAUUGAAUCAAACUAGUAUUCUCAUUAAACCUCCUAAAACUAGCAUCCGUUGCAAUCUAAUUCACAAAAUCAGUCUUAGAUUUAUAUUCAAAAUCAAUUAUAAAAAUAGAAAUCCUUAAAUGAUAGAACAAACAAAGUCAUUUACUCUUUUAAAAAAGAUAGAAAUCUCUUGAGCAAAAUGAGGAGAGCAAGUUCUAAUCAAACUUAGUCUGAUCCAGAUUAAGUGUUUAAAAAAUUAGAAAGCAGAGAAAACUCAAAAUUAUAAAUGAGAGGCUCAUUUAACGAAAACAUUGAAAAAUAAAAAGGGUAAGGUUCGAAAAAGAAAAGAGUGUCCGGAGAAUUCACAAGCAAAGCAUCUAUGAGUCAAUUAAAGAAAAUCGACUUAAUAUUUGAUAAAGAAUCACAAUAGAACAAUUCUUCAAUUGUUCACAGCUUAGAUCAAAAUAUGAAAAUGUCUAAAGAGGUCUAUCCUUAAUCAAUGUCUCUAUAAAAAAGCUUUGAAAAGGCUAAAGAUAGCAAGACGCCUUCCCUUCCAAUAUAGAGGAAUAGCUUAUCAAUACAUGACUCGAGAGAAAACAUAGAAGAUGCGAAGGAUAUUAAUGUCACCUAAAUUUCUAUUAAGGUAUCUUUAGAUCAGAAGAAGCCAACGUAGCAUACUAGCAUAGAGAAAACGAAUCCUAAAAUUUUUUCUUUAAAGAGUUUAGACAACAAUAAUAAUAAUGAUGGAUUUAAUAAUGGAAUAUCUACAGAAGCACUACUAAUGGUUAAGGCGAGCGGGAAAAAUAUUGCUCACACAAAGAGAUCAUUAAAAAGACCUCCAAUUAUAUAUGAUAAAAAUACAGAAUUAAUCAAAAGUGAUGAGAAUAGACCAAGAACUUAAGAUGACAACUAUUAGUUGAAUUAAUAUGCUAGCAAAUAUAAAAAAUAGGCAUAGCUAUUGGUUCUGAAGACUACUGAACUUAAAAUAGAUCAUGAGCAAAGCUAAAAGAUUAUUAUUAGAGCCAAAUCAGCUAAUACUAAUAACAGAAAUUUUAGAAGAAUUCAGUUGAUUUCUCCUUCAAAUAAGAAUAACUUCAAAAACAAAUUACUAACUGCACAAUCAAGAUACAACUAAAAUAUUGCUAUACAAAAUUAUUCAUCAGUAAAUAAUUCCUAGAAUGAUAACCAAAGAAAUACGGAUGAAUAAAUGUUUUCAAGUGUGAUGGGGCCAGACAAAUCAUUUAGGGAUAAUAAAUUCUUGAUCGAGGAUCAUGAGUAAAUUAAUCAGUUUAAUAGGACAUUCGUUCAUAACAGAAAAGAUUCAAAGUCAAUAGUCUCAAAGUAUUAGGGAAGGAAUUUAGAAAAUAGCUCAAUUGGGGAUAUAGUUGGCAUAGGAUUAGAAAAGAAAAAAUCACAAACUCAAAUCAUUCAAUCCUCUCACAGAAACAGAUCUCAAAGGAAUAUUAUUAGAAGUCCAGAUAAGAACACCAUCAAGAACGACUAAAUUCAGAAUUUGACAAUCUAGAACGAAAAAAAUUCUAUUCCAACAAAUGAGAAUGAUUGUGAGUCUAGUAUUGUUAAGAAGUCUUAUAUCGAUAGCACAUUAGAGAUUGAUCCCAAUUAGCAAUUUAAUUAGCCUUAAAUAAUAGAUAAGAUGUUUAGUGGGGGUGUUACCUCACAAGAUGUAUCUCAUUAGCAAUCAAGAACUCAGUUUAGAGCAACUUUUGACUACUAUAAAACAUAGAUAUCGUUUUAGGGUAAGAAUUUCUCUACAAAUUCAGCAGGAAAUUUGAGAAAUCUCAACACACAAUAUUCAAAUUAAGAUCCAUCCACAAAGAGAACAGUUUUAAUGAAGCAUAUUAGACGUACUCCAAAUGGAUAUGGGCCAGGUGGAAUAAAUCAAGCAUCAAUGAAUAUCUAAACUGGAGAAGGAGGUUAAAGGCACAACAAUUUAUUUAGCAGUAACAGUAUUGUUCAAGUGUAAAUGCUUCCUCAGGAGGAAUUAACAACUAAGGAUCUCAAUCUAAAUGACAUGCUUGAUCCUUUGAAAAAUAUUAGAUAGCUUAAACAGACAGAUCUACCUAGACACUCUAGAGCCAACCCAUCUUUAAUUAAAAAGAAUCUAGAGUUGGUAAUGAAAAUGAAAAAAGCAGAGAAGAUAAUGAAAAAUAGUGCUUCGAGAAGUAUUUACAACCCUAAUUAAACAAUGAAUGGAGAUAUUUACAAAGAAAACAAUAUUAAUGCUUUUAAUGUCCAGACUAAUAAUCAUUUUACAAGGAAUUCCAAUAACAUAUCAUUCCUAUCAAUGAAACCUCAUGAAUAUCAAAACUCAUUUGAUAAUGAACUUAUAAUAAACUCCAGAAAUUAAAGAGUAAAAAGUCAAAUGGGAAAAACUAGAGAUAGAAUUGCUGUUAAAAAUGAGCAUAUCAAUGUUGAUUCCUUAGAUGGAGUCCUCUUACAUUAAAAGGUUAAAAUACCUCAUCCAUUAAUUCUCUAAUCCUACCAAUCAUAGCUUUCAACAAUUAAAUAGCCUUCGAAAUAAAACAACAAUAAUAAUAGUCGUAUGCAAAAUAACAUCAAUCAAGAAGAAACUAUAGCUCUUGAUACUACCUAAAACCUUAAUGCCACUCUACUAUCAGUAAUGAAUGAAAGCUAGCUUCCUUAGAUAGUGGAUUAAUUUAUAACGGAAAAGAAGUAAUCUAAUGAGCAUAAUCAGAAGCCUUAGAGUAGUUUGAAACCUUAAGUCAAUGUGCAACUCGAAUAAAAUAAUUCUAUCGGCUCUUUCUUAAAUCAAGAAAUUUCACAUACUAAAAGUGAUAACUACAAAAAGAGAAUGCUGUAAGAUAACACCCGAAAAAGAAGUAAUGAUCUAAUCUAAACAAACAAUACAAGCAAAGUUCCGAAUUCAAAAUUAGUCUAGGAUAGGUAGAAACUUAAAAAUUCAAAAUAAUAGAGUAAGGCCAGACAAUCAGAUAUAAAAUCAAAUUCAAAAUUGCUGGAAUUCUCAGUCUACGGCACUAAUGUUGAAAAAAGAAAAGACUCAUAAGCGAGUAAUCUUUAAACUUCGAUGCAUUGA